AAGCAAAAUUUGGUGGUAAAUUCAAAAUAAAAAAAAGGGGGGCCUAGAUGACAAUAAUAAAAAUUUUGGACCGUCUGUUUACUUGGGGCGGGAGAUUAAUUAAAGUUUGAUUAUGCAAACUUUAGGAAAAAGAGCUUCAUAUCUGUUUAUUACAGUAAUCAAAUUUCACAUUAAUUUGUUAUUUUAACCUCUUUUUAAAUAAUCCAAAAAAGAGAACAAAAUCAGCACAGAAAAGGAAGAAAAGGAGCAAAAACAACUCAAUCAGAAACGUUUCUGCUUUUAUGCCUGCUUGACUUAUUUUAAUGGCGCAUCUGUACGGAGCAGCUCCAUCUACAAACCCUGAACCCGAAGAAAUCUCCAUGUUCCUUAACCAACUCAUUCACAAUUCCUCUUCUUCGUGCAUGCAAUUCAAGGCCAAGUGUGUUCACUCUUUCCCGUCUCAAGUGCCGGAAUUGCCGACGUUGGUGGGUAAUUCUGGCGCCGGGAUGGCAGUAUCGGUUGAGGAUCGGAACCGGCUCAACGGAUCGGCUGUUCGAGCCGAGUCAGUGCCUCGAGCCAAUUUCUCCGAUCCUGAAACUUAUUUUGGAGCCAAUGUUAAAGAUAGCGCCGACAAUGCGUUGUCUUCUGCUGGUGAUUUCAGUUAUGACAGCGAGAAGGUUCCGGAAGCAUCGAAGGUGCCAUCAAUUCAGGAGCGGCCAAGGAGUUCAUUGAAGCGAAGCAGAGCAGCCGAAGUCCAUAACUUGUCGGAAAAGAGGAGGAGAAGUAGGAUAAAUGAGAAAAUGAAAGCGUUACAGGAUCUAAUCCCAAACUCCAAUAAGACGGAUAAGGCUUCGAUGCUUGACGAGGCGAUCGAGUACUUGAAGCAGCUUCAGCUUCAAGUACAGAUGUUAUCAAUGAGAAAUGGAUUGAGUUUGUACCCAAUGUACUUACCUGGAGUACUACAGCCAACGCAAAUGCCUCCCACAGGCAUGGAUUAUGAGGAGGGAAAUGGAUUCUUCAGUCCCAACGCAGGAGCAGGCACAUUUUCUUCAAAUGAAGAAAGCUCGAACACUACCUUUAAUCUUUCCAACCCAUGCCCCAUCUCAAAUCAGCCAAUUAUUGCACCUUCGGCUGCUAAUGUAUCUAAUUUCAAAGCUUCAUUUGGUUUUGAACCAUCUGCUGAGCCACAGUAUGGACCCUUCAGCCACUCCACAUCUUCUAAGGAAAUCUGUAAUGAAGGCAGGUCACAACUUCAAUUAGAGAUGAAUCGUGCUGGGAAUAACUCUUCAUCAGGUGUGUCUUAGCCAAGCAGAAAUUGUCGAGAAACUGAAUGUAAAAACCUGAGACCACCAUCACCAUGUCUAAAUCUUCCUCUGGUUCAAAAACCAUAGAAGCUGCAAAUGACAUUGAAACUGGUGACCUUUAUACUUGUUCCAGUUAUUUAUGUUAUAAAUUGUAACAGGUCGACACUAUGGGAUAGAUGCUACUGGCAUCCCUUUCAUAUCGUCCUUCCUCUGCAUAAAGUGAUAAUUACUAUCAUUUAUAAAUACAUGUUCUUUCUUUUUCCAGUUCUAUGGAGUUAAAAAUUGUUUUUUUUUUUUUUUUCAGUAUCUUCUUCUCAAGUAAAACGCUCCCCAUUCUAUCAAAAAUGUAGAAAUGAGCCUCAUUUCAUUUCAAUGAUGAGACCUUGAAUGGCUAACAAGUAACAAUUUGUUCAACCAUAUGUUAGGUUUUUUUAAGAAGAU